AUGAUUUUGCUGCCUCUCUCGCCCGGACCCGGGGCCCUGGUGGCCCUGGAGCGGCCCCCCCCGGUUCCCGGCGAUCCCGCGCCCUGGCGCUUGCAAAUCAUCCCCGAGGCAACCGGGCCUGGCGAUCUCCCAGCCUCUAGGCCCCUGUGCCCGAGGGUCCUCUCCCAUGAGUGGAGCCUUGCCCGGCAUGCCCUUCUCUCGGACGGCUUGGCUGGCGAGCCGGUGCUUGUGGCUGCGUGGGCGAGCCGCCAACAACGAGGCCACUUCUUUCUGAUGGCCACUGGGCCCGAUCCGGAAACUUGGCGACAUGGGGUCCUGCUGGAGCGGGCCCUCGGGUCCUCCUGUUGUGGGGCCGCAUCUCCGGGCAUGCCUGACCAGGGGCCGCAUGAUUUGCGGCUGCUCAGCCUUGUCGCCGGGCCGCGUGCGGUGAUGUGGUGCGUCCCGCACGGGAGCCUCCUGGUGUUUGAUUUGCUGGCCGACAUGGGGACGGCCACCGCGACAUGCGCAUGCUCCGGGUCCGGGGAUCCAGUCACGCCGAGUGGUGCUGCCCGUCUGGCAUGGCCGGAUCCUGCCUGGCAAAGAGGCCCUCGCACCCCCCUGCCAGUCGGGGCCUGGCUGGAGCCCGCCCUCCAGCAGGUGCGAGUUCUGAGCCUGCUCCUUCCCCCGUCAGGGCCCCCCUCUGGACUCGAUGUCCUGCUGCAGGGGGUCCACUUGGGCCGGGAGGGGCCCGGCAGCCCGGAUGCAGGCCGCGCCACCUGGCUCGGGGCCCUGGUCAGUGGCGACACAGCCCGGGCGAUCUGGCCGCCGGGGCUUGCCACACGGCUGGGCCUCGAUGCGGACACGGUCGCCCCCUGCCAGGGCGGGCUGCCGGACCGGGCCGGGUUCCGCCUCGCGACAGGCCCCCCUGAUCCCCGCACCAGCUCCGGCGACCGGCUUCUGGCCCUGCUGUCGACCGCCCGCCGGGUGGCACUUGUGUGGCAUCUGCCCGCGGAUGGCCGGCCGGCCGCCACAGCACCACGACUGCUGGACCUGGCCCACCUAGCGGCCAUCGCCCGCCCACUGGCCCAAGAGCCCUCCCGGGCCUGGCCCCAGGCCGAGAAUCCCCCCUCGGAAAUCACCCUGACCACCCUCACCGGGGGCUUCAUUGGGCUGAGUGUGACCCCGGUGGAUCCCCCGAGCCCCCUGCUGGCCGUGGUUCUGCCGCCGGCUGGCGCGUGGCCCUGUCGGGAAGUCCCUCUCCUCGUCCCGUCGGGGAGCCGAUUUCAGCCACGGGCGCUGCCCCUGGUUCUGGCCGAUCGAUCGAGCGGCGUCUUGGUCAGCUGCCUGGUGCCUCUUUUCCACGAACCGGCAAGCCCCUCCGCGCGGCCGGAGCUGCUCCUGGCCCGACGGCCGGAUGACUCGAGCCCGGCGAUUCUCCUGGAGGAGGACUUUGAGCGGCUGACUGCCUCGCGCUCCGGGUGGCGUUGGAUCUCCAUCACCGACGACCGUGCCGUGCCGAUGGGCCAGGCGCCCCUCGGGGCUGAGCAUCCCAGCGCCGAUGUCCUGAGCGUCGAGGCAUUCCGCCAGUGGCAUCGAGCUCGCCAGGCUGGCCUGGUCGAGCGCAUGGCAGCGCUUGUGGCCGACACCAAGCUGCUUGUGUGCGACUUCGGGAGGGAUGGUCCUGCCACCAAGCGGCCCCGAGUGGCAGGCAGCCUGGCUGCUGCGGAUCUAAUGCCGAGUGGCCACGCGGGAUCCCCCUCCCCGUUGGAGGCCGUUUGGUCGGCCGACUUCAACCUGUAUGAUGAUGAGGCCAUCGGGACGCCGGUUUGCUUUCAGCCACGGUCCGGCGUCGCGCCAUCAUCGAAGCACUCGCCAACUUGA